CCUGGAUUCAUGUUAUAGAGAGGCCCAAUUCGACAUUCCACAAAGAAUUUACUAAAAUAGGUGAAAUAUAAAAUCUCGGAUUUAAAUUUUCCAAAUCUCAGGUAUGCACAUAAGAAUUCCGUGUUACGUUAAGCUUCCUCCUUCAAUUAGAUUCCAGGCAGCCCCUUGGAAGGGUUUCGGAUUCCAGCAAGUCGCCGGGAGCUUCGGACGGAAUUAAACUUACCUUCGUUAACCCCAUCGAAGUUGCAUGCUAUCCCGGAAGUCAGCCUUGUCGACGGCCUCUUUUCCUUUCUUUCUUCUAAAUCAGCGCGCUACCUUAUUUGCUCAGCCAUCGGCGCGUCUCUGUUCUGAGGAGCUUUCCAACGAGAUAGUCCGUGAGAUAAAAUUAGUAAGGAAAGAGAUUGAGCCCAUCUUUGAAGCAGAUGACAUGAAAUAUGCUCCCAAAACUGCAGCAACCUGCCCGAAAUGCCAUAAUGGAGAGGCAUACUUCAGACAGAUACAGAUCCGUUCUGCCGAUGAGCCCAUGACCACCUUCUACAGAUGCUGCAAUGACAACUGUAGAUUUGACUGGCGUGAGGACUGAUUUCAAAUAUUAUCAAAAGAGUAUUAAAGUUGGACUAUAUGUUUCAUCAAUUAAGGUUUGUAUUAGUUUAAUAGUUUGAGUUUAUGAGUGAUGACCAUUUUUUCUGCAGCUUUUUAAUAUGUUUGAUUCUCUUGUAUCUUAUACUAUUAUUUGAUAUUUUGUAAUUUCUUUUUGUAA